AUGCAGAGGUCUUUUGUACGUCAGUUCUCGAGCUCAAGGGUGGCUCUAAGUACCAACUACUCGACAGUCUUGCCUGUUCACCAUUUGGUCAAGGUUGAAAAAGCAAAAUUGAAGCCGGAUUUGCAAAACUUGAUAUUACCUACCGAUGAUAUCCGCUCAGUGAAAUACAAGCCGACAGAGAUUGCACAAGAUCGUGUGGCGGACCACUACAGAAACACUUUGGAGUCAGAUCUCAUGCUUCAUUUCUACAGACACAACUCAAAGAGGCUUGUGGGUAACAAAUUGAGAUCAUGGGGUGUUGAUUCUCCAUAUAAAUUAUACAGAGGAUUAAGAAAACCUGCUGGAGGCACAAGACCAAUCAAGGAUAUUGUACCAGUGACAAAUGAAAACGUACCAAAAUUGACCAGCAUUGUUGUUCAAUCUUAUAACAAACACACAGCGGAACACCCUUGGCUAAACAUCUCCAAUAGAUUGCAAUUAGCCGUGAUGACCAAUGUCAAGCCCAAAAUAGUAUAUGGUAAACUGAACAUCUUGAACUGGAAAGUAAGAAGAGGAAGACCAUGUGGUGCCAAAGUAGAGCUUUUCGAUAGAGAUAUGAACCAGUUUAUCACGACUUUGACCGAGUUGGUCUUGCCAAGAAUCAGAGCCCUUAGAGGUAUUCGUCCAACUUCGGGAGACAGAAACGGUAAUAUCAGCUUUGGAUUGAAUGCAGAGGAUAUGCAAUUUUUCCCCGAGUUUGAACACUAUCAAGAGAUUUUCCCAAACUUAAAUGGUGUACACAUUACAUUCAAGACAACGGCACCAACCGAUGCACAGGCAAAGACCUUGUUAAGUACGUACGGAUUUGUUUUUAGAAACCAACGUCGUAGAUAA